AUGAAGCCAUAUUUCGGGCUGCGGGGCACGAGGCUCAAUAUUGUCAUUAGCCUUGUCGCCGGUCUUGAUUUCCUGCUAUUCGGAUAUGACCAGGGUGUUAUGGGUGGACUGCUCACAUUGAACUCAUUUGUUGCCACAUUUCCUGAGAUCGACACCACCGCGGCUGGCGAGAAGGGUCUGAGUCCUGCGCAAACGUCACGCCGGUCUACCGUUCAAGGAAUCACAAUUGCCUGCUACAACCUGGGCUGCUUCUGUGGUGCAAUCCUCUGUAUCUGGGUUGGCAACUACUUGGGCCGACGCAAGACCAUCUUCACCGGCUCGAUUAUCAUGGUGAUCGGUGCCACGCUGCAAUGCACUGCUUUUUCUCUCCCACAUCUGAUCGUUGGUCGCGUUGUGACCGGUAUCGGAAACGGCAUGAACACUUCGACUGUCCCGACAUGGCAAUCGGAAUGCUCCAAGUCGCACCAUCGUGGACGACUGGUCAUGGUGGAAGGUGCUUUGAUCGCGGGUGGCAUUACCAUCAGUUACUGGUUGGAUCUCGGGUUCUCCUUCCUCGAUCCUAACUCUGUCUCGUGGCGGUUCCCGAUUGCAUUUCAGGUCUUCUUUGCGUUGAUCAUUAUGAUAUUCGUACUGCCUCUGCCAGAAUCUCCUAGAUGGUUGAUCCUGAAGGGCCGUGAGGACCGGGCAGUGGGUGUGCUGUCGGCCAUCUUGGAUCUACCCGAAAACGACCCCUACGUGCACUCGGAAUUCGCCGCUAUCAAAGAUGCUGUCCUGAUCGCCUCGGAGGUCAGCUUCCGUGAUCUUCUCACCAUGGACGAGAACCGCCACUUCCACCGUGUUGUUCUGGCCUAUGUGAACCAGAUGUUCCAGCAGAUCUCUGGUAUUAACCUCAUCACAUACUAUGCCGCCACCAUCUACGAGAAGUCCAUUGGCAUGAGCGGUCUAAUGUCCCGAAUUCUGGCAGCCUGCAAUGGAACGGAGUAUUUCCUUGCGUCGUUAAUCCCUAUUUUUAUCAUUGAGAAGGUGGGCCGUCGACAACUCAUGUUAGUUGGCGCUGCUGGCAUGUCCGUCUCUAUGGCCGUCCUCGCCGUCACCACCAGCUUCAAACACCAGACUGGGCCCGGUAUUGCAGCUGCCGUGUUCCUUUUUGUCUUCAAUACGUUCUUUGCCUGGGGCUGGCUGGGAAUGACCUGGCUAUAUCCCGCCGAGAUUGUCCCGCUCCGUAUCCGUGCCCCUGCCAACGCUCUGUCUACUUCGGGUAACUGGAUUUUCAACUUUUUGGUGGUGAUGAUCACUCCUGUGGCAUUCGACUCCAUCGGAUACAAGACCUAUAUUAUCUUUGCUGUGAUUAACGCCUUCAUCUUCCCUGUUGUCUACUUCUUCUACCCCGAGACCGCCUACCGAUCUCUGGAGGAGAUGGACACCAUCUUCCACAAGACCUCAAGCAUCUUCAACGCUGUUUCCGUUGCCCGAAACGAGCCUCACCGCUACGGCAAGCAUGGUGAACUGCUAAUCAACUACGAGGAAACCGAGGAGCACCUGCGCCGCGCCAGUUACGCCUCGGAAAAGGCUGCGCGCCGUUCCAGCCAAAAUCCUGACCUGGAGAAUGGAAAGGGCACCCAUGUUGAAGAUCACAAGGAUGACUUGUCUCAAAGCAGUUAG